AUGCCAGGCUUUAAGGAAGAAGAUCACGACAUGAAUGAAAUAAAAGAAGAGAAGGAUACGAGUCACAAAAAACGAAAACUCAACGACGUCCCCGAAAUCGAGAUCGAUGUGUCCGCCCCCGAACCUCCCUCAAAGAAAGCGCUGCGCAAAGCCAAAAAGAAGGAUGUUGGCCCUACUGAGAAGACUGCAGUGAAAUCCGAAACAGAAGCAACAGAGGCGACGACAAAGAAUGGAAAAGAUGGCAAGCGCUCCGAGUACGCUACGAAGGAAGAUAUCCGCAAAUUCUUCGUAGAGGGUUGCACCUUUACCGAAGCGACGAUCACGCGAAUCCAUCUUCCAAUGGGGCCUUCGAGAGGAUUUACACCACAGAAUAAAGGGUUUGCCUACGUUGACUUUGCAAAUAAAAAGGCAAUGGACGAAGCCGUCGGGUUGAGUGAGAAGUUUAUUGCUGGUCGUCGUGUCUUGAUUAAAGGCGCUCAAAAUUUCGAAGGAAGACCGGCAGAGCAUCAACGAGCGGGCUCCUCAAAGGCUGGUGCGGCUGCGACAAGUGCACAUCUUCCGUCGCGACGGAUAUUUGUUGGUAAUCUUGGGUUCGAUGCGACCAAGGAAACUGUCCAGGAGCAUUUUGAGCCGUGUGGUGCUAUUACGAAUGUGCAUCUUGCUACGUUUGAAGAUUCCGGCAAGUGUAAAGGUUAUGGAUGGGUUGAGUUUGAGACUAUUGAGGCAGCUCAACAUGCGGUGAAUGGAUUUGUAAAGAUUGCGGAGGAUGACGAGGAAGAGGAAGAGGAAGUCAAAGACGAGUCUUCUUCAUCAGAGGACGAGCAAUCAGAAGAGAAAACUGGGAAGAAAACCAAAAAGAGGAUAUCUGCGGACAAAAAGAAGAAACCAAGAACGAAAAAGGUCUGGGUCAAUCGUCUACUGGGUCGUCAAUUGAGAAUGGAAUUUGCUGAAGAUGCUGCCACUCGAUACAAGAAGCGGUUCGGCAAGGAUAGUAAGAAAGGUGGAAGUUUUGGCGAUGAGGAGCAAGAUGGAGGAUCAGGACAUCGCGGGCGAAAUGAUCGCCGCCCUAAGGAGGACUCUCGGUAUUCGCAUGAUACUGUGCAGAGACUCACUGGUGCCAUUGUCGAGGCGAAGGGAAAGAAGCUUACUUUUGAUUGAGACAUGGUUGGAUUUAAAAAGUUCUUUAUUCCUUCAUUAGUGCCUAUUCCUGGAUUGACGGAGCUGUAUAUAGUGUUAUGCCUCUUCUAACGCCUGCCCCUUGGCUGCUUUCAAUAUCUGCUUCACAU